CUUGUGCAUCGCCGGUGCUUCUCGCGUCAAGCUGCAGAGUCUGACGUCCAUCAAAAAACAGUGACAAUUAGAAAUUAAUGAAACCGCCUAAAGAUUUCGUACCCGUUAUUAUUCGGACAACCUUGCUGGUGAAGAUCUCGAGCAUACGGCAACGAGUUUACUCCGGGAUCCUUAUCGGUAUCACAACUGUGUGAGUUCUACCUGAAAUAUACUCGUACGUGCUCUUCUGCAUGCGCAAGACUGAAAUGUCCAGAAGUUCAAUUGGAAAAUGAGGAUGGAAUUAACAAUAUUAUCCGGAUUUUUACCGGUCGAUCGAGGCUAUUUGAUUUGAGUUGGAUGCCAUUGUCCUGAUGUGCGCGUACGUCGUGGUUCGCUAAUUUUAUCCUGCCUGCCUGUGUCAAUAGCGAUUCAAUAGCCGCUUUUUGCAACCAGCUGAGAAUAUACCGGGCUGGGACCUUGUGGCAUUGAAGCUCAGAGCAAUCAUCCGGCUUCUGGCUGAUUAACUCCGGAGAUUUAGGUGUCGCCAGACAACGGAUUACGGACUACGCUUCACCUGCAUCACACCGAGCCUCCACCGGAUACCUUCCGGUUCUUUACGGACGUGGAAAGCAUGGCGCUCAUCCAGGCCGUCUUCCCUGCGGUCAGAUGGACAAUUAUCGGCUUACUAUUCGCGGUUAUACAGAUGGCCUAUUCCCAAGCAUCGCCCCAGCAGAACUAUCUGCCUGGCUCGUCGGAUACGUUUGUGGAUCCUUUUGGGAGUGUCCUUCUGCAGUGUCAAGUGAAUCCUAACGAUCUGCAAGCCAGGAACUCUGUAAUGCUACAGUGGAAACGGAAAGUUACGGGAGGACGUGAGGAGAAGACCAGUUUGUCUUUGAACACGCAGCUGGAUAGUAGCGUAUGGGAGAAACCGUACUCCGAGCAGGAUGGAGUGUUUCGACUGCUGGGAGACAAGCAAACGGGAACAUUUAAUUUGCAAAUUACCAAUGUAACCUACGACCAACAUGAUGGUGACUAUUGGUGCGAUAUGAAUGUCCCCGCUGGUUCCGGAAGUCCUUCAAAAGUUUUACGAAGUCAGGAGUUCCAUCUUUAUGUCAAAUAUCAACCACAAGCGCCUCAGGUGGAAUUCUCUACACCGGCGGAUGAUUUACGGGAGGGCCAGAAAGUGACCAUUACUUGCUCGAGUCGGGAUGGUAAUCCGCCACCGGAAAUCAAAUGGAUGCGUGAUGGGAUUGUUGUUCCCAGUGUCUACACGCCGGCCAAAAGCCGGGCGGAUGUUACUAAAGCGGAUCUCGUUCUGGAUUUGACUAAAGAGCACAAUAAGGCUGUGUACACGUGCGCCGUCAGUAAUCCCGCUCUCCCACAGCCAUUAGUCAAAACGCUUGAUCCGCUCAAUGUGAAAUACAAGCCGCGGAUCAAGGUCAGCGCCUACGUCGGACCUAUGGCACGCUUGAUCGCUGAACCGGCGACGAGUGUGGCCGUGGAAGCGGGAACGGAAAUAUUAUUAACAUGCGACAUUGAUGCCAAUCCGCCAGCCGCCACCCCAUCCUGGCGGCGCAACAGUCAAGUGAUCCAGCCCAAUAGCUACAAUUUCACUUUCCUCCCAGGAAUGUUAACAAAAGAAUCCAAGGGCGGGUACAGUUGUGUGGCGGCCAAUGGGGUGGAGAACGAACAGUCGGGGGAAAUACAGUUGGAUGUGUUGUUCGCGCCGGUUGUCACGCUUGUGCCCGCGGUCGCUUCUGUAAAGGAAGGGGAAAACGGAAACAUUUGGUGUCAAGUGGAGAGUAACCCGCCGGUAACAACGGUAGAGUGGUAUGAUCCGGCGGGAAAUCGGGUUGGAACGUCCGAUCCGAUGCUGACCUUUAGCGCAGUGCAACGCCGACAGGCAGGGUUGUAUGAGUGCAGAGCGAAGGUGCACUUUCAAACGUAUUUGGCUUCGGGAAUCGGUCAGGUGUUUCGGGAAGGCCGGGGUACAGGGCGGGUUGAAGUGCAGUAUCGGCCUGGAGUGGCUACAAUUGAGCCGGAAAAUCCCAAGGCAGCCAUCGGAAGUCGCGUGUCACUACGGUGCAGUGCAGCGGAUCCCGGUGUCCCAGCCGCUCGUUUCAAGUGGCGCAAGCUGGACGGUUUGAACGGUGCUGACCGCUCCUCAACGGGAGAAUAUUUUAAUAUCACGGAAGCGCGACUGGAUGAUAACGGCGACUACGAGUGUACGCCAACGAACGAUGUGGGCGACGGCCCCGCCAAAGUGGUCCGCUUAGAAGUCAGUGAACCGGUGUCCUGGAUUACGCCGCGGCCGUACACGGACAAUACGAUUAUUCGUAAGAUUUCCGAUGGGCCGCUGAGUUUGUUCUGCGAGGCGCGCGGCCGACCGGCACCCAUUUUCAAGUGGUUUAAGGAUGGCGAGGAAAUACAAACUAAUGAUCGUCUGUACAAGAUUACCAGUCAGGAGCCGAAAACCAUUGACAGGUAUGCCUUUGUGACAAGAAGCGAAUUAAAAUUCCAAGGACCGGCACGUACGGAGCUGUUUUCAAGUAACGAGACACUCCAGCGAACCGAUCGAGGGCGCUAUAUGUGUAAGGCCGUCAACGAUGCGGGACAGCCAAUAACCCAUGACAGUCAAGUCCGUAUUCAAUAUCCACCUGAAUUCCGCAAUCGAUACAGUAAAGUGGCAACGGACCUGGGUCAGUCCAUUUCCACGAAGAUUGAGUGUCUCGUGGAAAGCCAUCCACCGGCAACGAUUAGCUGGACACGCAACGGACAGCCGAUUUUCAGUCGACCUCGUAUCGUGCCGACCGAAACGAUGGCUGAAGAAAUGUUCAAAAGUGUUCUCAUCGUUGACUCACCGAGCGAAGCCGAUCUGGGUGACUACCGAUGCUCGGCAACAAAUCUGAUUGGUGAUGUGUCAAAGAAUCUGUCGCUCGUGCGCCGCUCGGUUCCGGAUGAUCCGCGCAAUUUGAAACAAAAAGAUCUGAGUUACGACGGGGUGACCUUAACCUGGGAGCCGGGAUUCGACGGUGGAUAUGCGCAGAAAUUCACCGUGGUUAUGACGCGACCGGAUGGCGCUGUGAAGUAUUAUCCCGUGAAUGCUGCCAACAUGUCGGAAUUUCGGGUAGCGGACUUGACACCGCUGAAUCGGUACAACUUCCGGUUGAAAGCCGAGAAUCAACUGGGACCUAGCCGUGGAUCUGACGAGAAUUUGGAUAUCAUGACCCCGCAGAAACCUAUUCUUUCCGAGGAUAUUCCGCGACCGAAUUUCCUGCGGUACGAUCCUAACACGGGGGUGGUCAGUUAUGGAGUGCGGCCGUUGGAAAAACCACUGAAUUUAUGUGCCAUGAUUGAUGUGCAAAAAGCAAAUCAGCCGUGGAGUCCGGUUGCUCGUUGCAUUCCGUUCAGCGAUUUACAAGGAACCUACACCAUACCUGGCCCGUCUGUUGCUGAUUUUCAUCCGCGAGUGCGCUUCUGUUUGUACGAGAAACAGGAUGUAUGCAGUGAGCCGGUAGAUGAGAACUCCGUCGUGCAAGCUUCUACGUUGCCCAACGCUCACCUGGACAUCAUUUUACCGGUGGUCAUUAUUGGUGCCCUGCUCCUUAUCGUCUGCAUGGUGACUUGUAUCCUGUGCAAGCGCCGUGCUAAGAAAGUACCGGUAAAAAUGGCCAAAACGUCAAACAUGACGCUGACAUCAAGCGGAAGUCUGCAGAAUGGAAACGCGGGCGGUUAUUAUGGCGAUGGGUACGCUAACAAAGCUCUGGAUAACGGAGCUGUUAAUUUUACCAUUCCCAAUGGAGGAGCGAAAAUGGGACUGUAUGGAACGGAACCGCAUUAUGGAAAUGGCGCUCUUUAUGCUCAAGUGGAUAAGAAGCUGAACGGUGACACACUAGAUGGAACGCAGUUCAAGCCACCCAUAACCGAUAUACAUGGCAAUUUGUACUCGGAUUCGCCACUUUAUUUGCAGUCAUAUCCGUAUGACGAGGGCUAUGGACACCAGCAUUCUCCCAUGGAUCCAAAUUACACCCAUGUGCCCGGAGACCAAGUGAGCGGUCUGCCUGAUCCCUAUGAAGAAUACGAAAAGACACCAUCCUUUGGUGAGGAGAGUGUGGAAAGCGGCUACUCAACCAGCAACUCAAGAGGGCGUCGCGUAAUACGGGAAAUCAUCGUCUAGGCUCUUGCUGUUUGUACUGUAUUCCCCCUUGAGAGUGGCUUGUGUCCACUCUUCCACAAACCAAAUAUGUCAGAGAGCUAUUUUAUGAUGGGCACAUACACAGUGUUUCUCCCUACGAAGGAUGGGCUGUCUGCAAUGGGGAAUAUUUUUGGGCACAGGGAUCUCCUACGCGGCUGAAAAGAGAGUUGUCCUAACUUUUAUCACUCAGUAAUUUUUAAUCUCUAUGCUCAUGUUGGUCGGUCCUCCCGUGUGCAGUCACCGGGAGACGGCAGCGAGGGAUCCAGUAGGGAAUGGGGCUGUAGUGGACGGGCUAGGAAAGGGAUUUAGGGAAUGUGGUUAUUUUUGCGGAACAAAUGUCUUUCGCACUGCUUGUUUUUAUGCUCAUCUGUUUACUUACAGUAUGGGGUUGAUUACUGGAAUAUUUAGCCUAAUUUUUUUCAAAAUGUGCGAGUGACUGUCUGCUUAUAAUUUUUGUAUUGAUUACAUUUGCAUGAAUUUCAAAUUUUGUCGCGUGCAGGUUUCAUGUACAGUACCUAAUUUUUUCGGUAUGUCUCGAUUGUGCUAGAAGAGCACAUGUAUACCGGGGUGUCGGUGAUCUCCUUUCUGUACUAUACUGGCUUGUGCUACAAGAUGCAAUACAGUGCUUGUACACUUGUUGGACCAAAUAAAAAGCAAUUAAAUGCAUGGA